AUGGCGGCACCACCAGCGUUCCGAUUGCUUCACGUCUCAAUUCUCUCAAUCUUACCCGUUUCACCAAUCACUAUUUUCCCUCUAACAUCGAUGUUUGCAAGAGAUACUAGUAUGCAAAAUGGGUUACUAGAAGUCGAUCCAAGUUUGUAUGAGUUAUGCCGAUGGACUAAAAGUGAAAGAGAUGAUUGGGAUCCAUCGUUGGUUAUUUUCAAAACUUCAAUGGCCACUCACAUGAGCAGUGUCGCUGCAUUGGUCAAAAGGGCACACUCCAAUUGGUCCCUUAUAAUGAUUAAGUCUAUGAUUAUGAUCAUUGCUAAUUCUAUGAACCUCGUCAAUAACCCAAUUGAAGAUCAAACUCUGCAAUCAACAAAUAUUUUUGCUAUCGGUUCUGAUUAUGUGAUCUCACUAGAAGUUAUUGAUUCUGGAUUAGUUUAUGAUAUUCAACCUGAAGAGUACAUACGUUAUUUGUUUGGCUUGAAUUACACGAACCAGUAG